UCUCCGGAAUGACGUACGUCAUUACGUCAUCAAUCAGCGACGGUAGAAUUUACGUUCACGCACGAGGAUGAGAAAAGUUCUUUAACAAAUGUGAUUUCUGGGCUGUUUUGGCGUUAUUUUGUUGAACUAGGUACACCAAGAAGCAUCAGAAAUGGGAGACUUUCAGUCUUUGGGGUUGUCGAACUGGUUGGUGAAACAAUGCAAACAUCUGGGGAUCGAUAAACCCACUCCUGUGCAGGAAAACUGCGUCCCAGCCAUCCUCGAAGGUCGGGACUGUCUGGGCUGUGCCAAGACUGGAAGUGGGAAAACUGCAGCCUUUGUGUUGCCAGUUCUGCAGAAACUGUCAGAAGAUCCAUAUGGAAUCUUCUGCUUGGUGCUCACUCCUACCAGGGAGCUGGCCUAUCAGAUAGCAGAGCAGUUCCGAGUUCUGGGGAAGCCUCUUGGUCUGAAGGAGUGCAUAGUUGUUGGUGGAAUGGACAUGGUGACCCAGGCCCUGGAGCUGUCCAACCAGCCGCAUGUGGUGGUAGCAACACCGGGCCGACUGGCUGAUCACGUCCGCAGCUCCAACACCUUCAGCAUGAGCAAGAUCAAGUUCCUGAUUUUGGACGAGGCCGACCGACUACUGGAACAAGGUUGCACCGACUUCACCAAAGACCUGGAGGAGAUCCUCGGGAUCCUUCCAGCCAAACGCCAGACGCUGCUGUUCAGCGCCACGCUAACCGACACCCUGCAAGAGCUGAAGAGCAUCGCCAUGAAUAAACCUUUCUUCUGGGAGAGCACCUCAGAAACACGAACGGUGGAAGAGCUGGACCAGAGAUACAUCUUGACUCCAGAGAAGGUGAAGGACGCGUACCUGGUUCAUCUGAUCCAGACUUUCACUGAUGAACACGAUGACUGGUCCGUCAUCAUCUUCACCAACACGUGCAAGAACUGUCAGAUUCUCACAAUGAUGCUGCGGGAAUUUAACUUCCCCACCAUCUCCCUGCACUCCAUGAUGAAACAGAGACAGCGCUUUGCCAAUCUCGCCAAGUUCAAGGCCAGUGUUUAUAAAAUCCUGAUUGCAACAGAUGUUGCAGCCAGGGGUUUGGACAUCCCUACGGUCCAGGUUGUUAUCAACCACAACACCCCAGGUCUUCCCAAAAUCUACAUCCACAGAGUCGGACGAACAGCGAGAGCGGGGAGAAACGGAAUAUCCAUCACCCUGGUGACGCAGUACGACAUCCAUCUGGUUCAUUCCAUCGAAGAACAGACAAAGACAAAGCUGACAGAAUACCCUGUGAAGGAGAAAGAGGUCCACAAGAUCCUCACCCAAGUCAACGUCACGCGGCGGGAGUGUGAGAUUAGACUCGAAUCCACAGAUUUUGACGAGAAAAAAGAAAUUAACAAGAGGAAACAGCUGAUUCUGGAGGGAAAGGAUCCAGAGUUGGAGGCCAAGAGGAAAGCAGAGCUAGAGAAGAUCAGGAAGCAGAAGAAGAAAUUUAAGCAGAAAAUCCAGGAGACCAUUCAAAAGAAACACAAACAGACACAGAAGAAGAAGACGACAGAGCCGACACCACCCUAAAAGUUUUACUUUUGUAAAUAUAUUCAUACCUGCAAAUAAACAUCUCAUAAGAGCAAAUGAAA